UCAGCGCGACCUUUAUUUUGACAUCUUACAAAACAGGAAGUGCCUGAAUGCGUGACUGUCAAGCUGUAGGACAUGGGGGUUAAAAUAGAGGUUUUCAGGAUGAUGGUGUAUCUGUCGUUUCCAGUGGCGAUGUUUUGGAUAUCAAACCAAGCGGAGUAUUUUGAGGAAUACAUCGUGAAGCGAAAGAGGGAAAUCUUCCCACCUGAUGAGAAAAUGCAUAGGCAAGAGCUGGAGGAUUUCAAGGAGCGCAUGAGAAACCGAAGGGAGCAGAAGAUGCUGAAACAGAUGGGCAUGCAGUCUGAGGAAUGACUAUAAAACAACAGCACUUCUUAUUGCAUCAUAAUGCAACCUUGGGAUCAAGUCUUAAUGUGUAACAUGGAAACACUGUAAACUUCUCCCAAAGUGUCAAACCAUAUAGUGGAAAACAUAAGAAUAUUGUUUAUGGGCAUAAUUUAAGAAAUGGGUGGGAAAAUGUAUAUUUUUGUAAAUAUAUACGUUUCAUUGCCUUUGAAUGUUCACAAUGGAAUGGUUUGACUUUAUUCAUUUCUUAAUAGCUGUGAAAACACUGCUUUUUGUUGUUGCCUGUUUGUUUUUUUUUAAUUGAAAAUAAAU